ACACAGUUUUUAUUUUUUAUUUUAUUUUAUCUUUGCAUCAUUCAUAAUUUCAGAUUAAUUACAGAGGAACAAAGAAUCAAUAGUUCUGGUUGCGAACACCAGCCAUUUACAUACCCAAAUAUUUCUUAAGUUGCAAAGCUGAGGGCUUGCACAUGCUUUGCCAAUUGCCAGGAAACAAGCCCCAGUUCACAACCCUAGGGUUUUAAUUUACGAUUUUGAGGGCAAUUCAAAGGGUUCUUGAAAUAAAAAUGUCAUCUUUAUCGAGCUCUGAGCUUGCAAUUGAGCUCAGAAAGGUUGGAAAUAAGCUCUUAGCAUUGGCAUCAUGUGUUACUACUCAAGUGGAAGAGCUCCUUCAAAUUCUCGAUGAACUAGAAGGGCUUUUAUCCAAGGUUGAGCAGGCACCAUCUAGAUCCAUGCAAGAUGCACUUUACCCCUCAAUGAAGGCACUAAUUUCUAAUCAGUUGCUGAAGCAUACUGAUACUGAUGUGAAAGUAUCAUUAGCAUCUUGCAUGAGUGAGCUUAUAAGAAUAACUGCCCCGGACGCGCCUUAUGAUGAUGCUGAAAUGAAGGACAUUUUUCAGCUGACAGUAAUGGCAUUUGGAAUGUUGUCUAACAAAGAUACUCGUGGUUAUUCCAAAGCCCUUCAUAUUCUUGACAAUAUUGUAAAAGUCAAAGCAUGCUUAUUGAUGCUGGACCUCGAGUGUGAUGGAUUAAUUGCCGACAUGUUUAAACAGUUCCUGAGUAGCAUUAGGUACAUUUCCCUAUCUGUCGUAUUUCAACAAAUGGAAUAUAUCAUGACUCUUACCUUGGAAGAAAGUGAAGAAAUUCCAGAAGAGUUUUUGAGCUCCCUCCUAAGUAGCGUCAAUAAAAAAAAGGAGAAUGCUUUGUCCCGUUCUUGGAGAUUGGGAGAGAGCGUCUUAAGGAACUGCGCAGGAAAACUCCAGCACUUUCUCCCAAAACUGGUCAGAUCCAGAAACCUGAGCUUUGAUGAUUAUUCCAUUGUAGUUGCUUCCAUAUGCGAGAACUCCCCUAAAGAUAAACAUGUGGCAGCUUUAGAGACUGAUCCAUCUGCUACGAAACCAUCAGAGAGUCUCAUAGAUGUCGGCACUGGUCAAAAAGUAACAAACGGAACUUUGUGGGGGGGAAAUUCGUUGAGAACGUUAGAACACAGUCUGUUGGCUAAGCAGCAGGGAAAUAACAAAGCUCAACUGCCUUCACAAGCUGAAAAAUCAGAUGUAACUGGAAUAGUGCAAGUGAAAGCAGCUACGACUCCAAAGAAAAGGGGAAGAAAACCUAAAUCUCUCCAAAAACCAGAAGAGGGCUCAGGAAUCCCACAUGGUAUCAGUGUUUUUGGUGAGAAAUUGGUCGGACGCAGAAUAAAGGUCUGGUGGCCAUUGGAUAAAUUUUUUUAUGAGGGAGCGGUUGCUUCUUUCGACUCUGUAACACAGACGCACAAGGUAUUAUAUGCUGAUGGUGAUGAAGAAACGUUGAAUUUGAAUAAUGAGCGUUGGGAUCUGCUCGAGGAACCUACAAUGGAAUAUUCAAGUCCUGCUGCUGCAUCUCAUAAAUCAAUGAAGAAGAAAGCAAAAAGAAAGUCUGCUUCCACGGAAAAACAAGGCACCCCCUCUUCAUCAAAAUGGCCUGGAUUUGCUGACAAAUCCAAAACUGAAGCUCCGAAAUGUAGCAGUGCUGAUAAUGAUUUUGUACUCGAUGCAGCAACUGCUGAUAGUAAUGCACAUGCUCCUAUUGAAGAUGACAAACAAAAAUCUAGUAGCCAGACAGAUGCUUCUAAGCCCGAUGUCCUUAGCAUUGCUGAUGGAGCAAACGGUAGCAUUACAGUAAAUCCAAACAAAACCGAUGCCAAACACAAGUUCGAUAGUGAGGAAGAAGCUAAAACACUGACAAUCAUCAGAGAGCCUGAGCCUUGUAGCAUUGUAGAAUGUGGUGGCGAGAGUGCAACCCAUACCAAAAUCACAGAGAAUGAUAAAUUACCUCAUGAGAAACUAAGCGAAGUUGGGGAGAUAGGAAUGUUGCCAGAUUCAGUCGAUGUAGAAUGUGGUGGCCAGAGUGCAACCCAUACCAAAAUUACAGAGGAUGAUAAAUUACCUCGUGAAAAACCAAGUGAAGAUGGGGAGACAGGAAUGUUGCCAGAUCCAGUCGAUGAGUUGAUGCACCCAGAAGCAAUUUAAUUAGUGCAGAGUAAAAGAUAGAGAUUAGCGGAUGUACACUACAAGCUGGAUCAAAACCAGAGUCUGAAGUGCAAGUUUUUACCGUACGUACCUACGAACUACCAUGACUUUUAACAUUCGGUACUUUUUGUAAACGUCGAUUUCAGUUCAAAUUUACUUGUCAUGCUAUGUCAGCUCUGCCAUUGAUAAAUAGUCGAAUCCUUAAAUAUAUAGCCUAGUGGCAAGGAUCGACUAGAAGUCAAAUUGUCAUUCUUCCUUCA